AUUUACACAACAACACUGCAGCCCGUUGCUCCGACAAAUAGUAACCUUAGCGGGGGAAGCAGUAGUUGUGAAUGACAACAUGCAACAACAAUGAACAAUUAGUUGUUACAAUUAGGUAUAAUUGGUUCGGUGACGUUUCUAUUUUACUAUGUAAAGUUUGCUAGCUGUCAUUAACUGUUCACGUAGUUAACUGCGUCGCAGAGAGGCCUGCACGCGACUGGUACAGACGAAGGCUAUGUUACGGACAGCUAAUUUUAUGUUUUAGAUCAUGAUAGACGACUUCCUGAUGGGAUGAUAGCUGGCUGUUUGGCUCAGUCAUGGAGAGUCGUGAUUACCUUUUCAAAGUUCUGGUAAUUGGAAAUGGCCACGUUGGGAAGACAUCUCUGGUGGAUCGUUACGUGAAUGACAAAUUUAACAAACAUUACAAGAUUACAGUGGGAGUCGACUUCGCAUUGAAAGUGCUGCCAUGGUCAGACACAGAGACAGUCAGGCUGCAGCUGUGGGACAUAGCAGGCCAGGAGCGUUUCACCUCCAUGACGAGGAUCUACUACAAAGAGGCAUCUGGCUGCAUCAUCAUGUUUGAUGUGACCGACUCCUCCAGCUUUCGCAGCUGCAGCAGCUGGAAGGAGGAUCUGGACAGCAAGGUCACACUGGCUGGGGGCAGCCCCCUCCCCUGCAUUCUACUGGCUAAUAAGUGCGAUCUCUCCCCAUGGGAAGUGUCGCAUGCCAGCAUUGAGCAGUUCAGCAAAGCCAAUGGCUUCAUAGGAUGGAUGGAGACAUCAGUUAAAGACAACAAGAACAUCAAUGAAGCAAUCAGUUUUCUGGUGGAGAAGAUGAUGGUGAACCGGCAAGAUGUGCCGCGCCCAGAGCAGGAUGGGGGGCGGAUCCAGGUGGACUGCCCAGCCAAGGAAGCCAAUCAGAAGGGCUGCUGCUGACUGAACCAAACAUCGCUUUUAUAUUCUCUCCAUUGACCAAGCUAGAUUUUGCUUUCUGAUCAUACCAGGAAUAAUGAGUGUUCAAAAUGAAGAGUGAUCCUGUGACUGUUUAAUACCAGUCCUCCCUCUCCUGUCCCUCCCAGUAAGGGACCUCUCCUCUGUCCUCAUUUAUAUCUUUCCAGAUGUCCUGCUGGGAUGGGCAGCUGCUAUG